UCCUCCCCAUCCUCCCCUUCCUCCCUGUCCUCCCCGUCCUCUCCGUCCUCCCCAUCCUCGUCCUCCCCGUCCCCAUCCCUUCCGUCCUCACCGUCCUCUCCGUCCUCCCCGUCCUCACCGUCCCCAUCCUUACCGUCCUCCCCGUCCUCCCCGUCCCCGCAGAGCGCUGCUGCCUUGGUCACUCCCUGUGGCUCCCCACAGGUCCAGGCAGGCCCCCUGGGUGGGCUGGGCAGGUGUGGGCCAGGCUGCCUUCCUUCCCAGAGGUGCCAGGGGACAUCCACUCCUGGCCCGUCCAGCUUCUGGAACUGCCUGCAUCCCUGGGCUCAGGGUCCCUCCGCCAUCUCCCAGGUCAGCAGCAUGUCAUCUGACCCCCUUCCCGCCUCACUUCUCCCUCCUGCCCCCUCUCCUUUUAGGGACCAUGGGACUGUCCGGCUGCUGGCACCCGGGAUACUGUUUUAGGGUCUUCGGGGAGCAGCCUUCACCCCUCGCCGUGAGACCGAGCAGUUACGGUGGGAAGGCGUGGACAUCGGGGAGGGGCUGUCUUCCCAGGGCUCCUGGCACCCGGGGGCUCACAUCCCAGCGCACAGGACACCCACAGCCCAGAGGGACCGACCCCAGGUGCCAACCGUGCCCUUGCUGGGUGCCCCCAGGGCUCCCCGGCCGACGGGCGGACAGCAUCAGUCCUGCUAGGACGCCACCCGUCACGCUGCCGGCAGACACUGCUUUGGGCUCUGCACUCGUCCCUCUAAACGGCCGCGGCGCUGCUGUUCCCCCCGGAGCAAUGCGCUCAGGCUCCCCGACACCCAGGGCAGGAGGACAGGCUCCCGGGCGGCCCCCUGGUGCUCUGGCACCGCCUGUGCCGUGAGUCAGGCCUGUGUGGAGAAGGGUCGGAGGCCACUGGACACACCCAAGCAGGAAGGGGAGCCCCUCGGCCCAGGCCCAGCCCAGCCACUGCCCCCUCAGAACAAUGACUGCUUUGGUUGCAAGCGCACUCACUAUUCAACAAGCUACAACCAAGUGUGUGUGUUUUAAAAAAGUACCUUUUUGUUGCUU